AUGAAUAUUUUCGGCAGCCUCAAGACCGCGGCCGGCGCGUCCUCCCGGUCGUGUACCCGCCGUAUAUGCGAGCCGGGUCCCUCCAGAGUGACUCUGCACGCUGGUCUUGCGGGCCCCUCGUGGCAGGCGUUCUACACCGCCGGCAAGGUCGUUGGAGCGCGUCGGACGUUCUAUUCGUCUACUGUCGCCGACUUCACUCCUACUGCUGCCAUCCGCCUCCCGCGAUGGGUAAAUGCCAGACUAGGGCCCUCACGCGACCAGAAGCCCGUAGAGGCGGACUCCCAGACGGACUCGUCUCAGCCCCGGGCCCGACUCGACGGGCCCGAGGAUGAACAAGGAGCGGCACCACCCGCGUCAGCCCCUCCUUCAGCCCCUCCGUCCUCCUCGUCUUCGGGAGACGGUGCAGACAACGCCGAUGCCCCGCCACCUCCGCCUCCCUCCGACGCCCCUUCGCAACCACAGACGUCUAUUUCCAAGCAAACUGUACCGGAAAACUACCCUCAGGUUCUUGCUCUCCCCAUCGCUCGUCGUCCCCUUUUCCCCGGAUUCUACAAGGCGGUCGUCAUUCGGAACCCGGCGGUUGUGGCGUCGAUUAAGGAGAUGAUGCGUCGCGGCCAGCCCUACCUCGGUGCCUUCUUGCUCAAGGACGAGAAUGCGGAUAGCGACAUCAUCACGGACAUCAACUCGGUACACCCUGUCGGAGUCUUCGCGCAGAUUACCAGCGUCUUCACAGCGCAGGGCAGCAAGGAUGAAGAUAAGGAAGAAGGCCUCACCGCCGUACUCUACCCCCACCGUCGAAUCAAGAUUACGGAGCUCGUAAAGAACGGCACUGCCGCCAAGAUCGAAGAGGUCGAAGGUGACAAGGUGGAUGCGGUUACUGAGCCUGAAGGUCAGCUUCCAACACCUCCUCCGGAACGCGACGGCCCUCCUAUGACGAUGCAAACGUCUUUCCUCGAGAAGUACGCUGUGUCCGUCGUAAACGUGGACAACCUCGCCACUCUGCCUUACAACAAGGAUGAUCAGUACAUCCGCGCCUUUAUGUCGGAAAUUGUCUCCGUCUUCAAGGAUAUCGCGCAGCUCAACCCCCUCUUCCGUGACCAAAUUGCAAACUUCUCCAUCAACCAGGUCGCCUCGAACGUAUUCGACGAGCCAGACAAGCUCGCCGAUUUCGCGGCCGCAGUGUCUACCGGGGAACCGAACGAGUUACAAGACGUCCUGGAGAGUCUCGUCGUUGAUGACCGUCUUCGGAAGGCGCUCUUGGUUCUCAAGAAGGAGCUUAUCAAUGCCCAGCUGCAGAGCAAGCUCGCGCGUGACGUCGACAGCAAGAUCGCGAAGCGUCAGCGCGAGUAUUACCUCAUGGAACAACUCAAGGGUAUCAAGAAGGAGCUCGGCAUGGAAUCCGACGGGAAGGACAAGCUUAUCGAGAAAUUCAAGGAGCGCGCGGCGACGCUGAAGAUGCCGGAGGGUGUGCGUAAGGUGUUCGACGAGGAGCUGAAUAAGCUUAUGCACCUGGAACCCGCGGCAUCGGAGGCGAAUGUGACGCGUAACUACUUGGAAUGGCUUACUCAGAUUCCUUGGGGCCAGCAUUCUCGUGAGAACUAUUCGAUCGCGAAUGCUCAGUCGGUUCUCGACGAAGACCACUAUGGGCUCAAGGAUGUGAAGGACCGUAUUCUUGAGUUCCUCGCUGUUGGCAAGCUGCGCGGAACGGUUGAAGGCAAGAUCAUCUGUCUUGUCGGUCCCCCUGGUGUCGGCAAGACGUCAAUUGGCAAGUCUAUCGCUCGGGCUCUCAACAGACAGUUCUUCCGUUUCUCGGUCGGCGGUUUGACAGACGUGGCUGAGAUCAAGGGCCACCGUCGUACCUACGUCGGAGCUCUUCCUGGAAAGAUCAUCCAAGCACUUAAGCGUGUAGGAACGGAGAAUCCUCUCGUCCUCAUCGAUGAGGUUGACAAGAUUGGCCGUGGACACAAUGGUGAUCCUGCCAGCGCUUUGCUCGAGAUGCUCGACCCUGAGCAGAACACGGCUUUCCUGGAUCACUACAUGGAUGUCCCCGUGGAUUUGUCGCGCGUGCUCUUCGUCUGCACUGCCAACAUGCUGGACACCAUCCCAGCACCUUUGUUGGAUCGUAUGGAGGUCUUGGAAGUAAGCGGCUACGUCUCUGAGGAGAAGGCACAGAUCGCGUCCAGGUAUCUUGGUCCUCAGGCGAGGGAGGCUUCUGGUCUGAAGGACGCCGAUGUCGAGCUGGACCCUGCCGCUGUCGACAUGCUCAUUAAGUACUACUGCCGCGAGAGUGGUGUGCGUAACCUGAAGAAGCAUAUCGACAAGAUCUACCGCAAGGCUGCUUUGAAGAUCGUCCAGGACCUUGGAGAGGAAGUUUUCCCCGAACCUGUUCCUGCCCCCGCAGAGGCUGCCGCCGCCGCCGACGUCAAGGAGUCCAAGGACGAAAGUCCGGAAAUGAUCACUGUUGAGAAACAGGACGCACCGUCCUUGAACCCUGCCGCGCCUGAAACGUCAACUCCCCUCACGUCUUCCGAGGAUACUGAACGCGUUGUCACCACCAUUGAGCGCCAGCCGAUGAAGGUCCCUGACACCGUCCACAUUAAGAUCACUCCCGAGAGCCUCAAGGACUAUGUUGGGCCUCAGGUCUACCAGAAAGACAGGCUGUAUGUUCAGGCUCCUCCGGCCGGCGUCAGCACUGGCCUCGGAUACUUGGGCAACGGUUCCGGUGCAGUCAUGCCGAUCGAGGCUUUGACUAUGCCUGGCAAGGGCAACAUUCAGCUCACCGGUAAGCUCGGCGAGGUCAUCCGCGAGAGUGCGCAAAUUGCGCUCUCCUGGGUCAAGAGCCACGCCUUCGAGCUCGGCAUCACCAAGUCUCCCGACGAGCAGUUCCUUACCGACCGCGACGUCCACGUCCACAUGCCCGAGGGCAGCAUCGGCAAGGAGGGCCCCAGCGCCGGCACCGCCCUCCUCUCCGCCUUCGUCUCGCUGUUCACCAAGACCAAGAUCAAUCCUGACAUCGCAAUGACCGGCGAGAUCUCGCUCGUCGGCAUGGUCCUUCCCGUCGGCGGCCUGAAAGAGAAGAUCCUCGCGGCGCAUCGCGCCGGGAUCAAGACCAUCCUCGCCCCCGCGGGCAACCGCCAGGACAUCGAGGAGAACGUUCCGGCGAGCGUCAAGACCGGCAUCCGCUUCGUCUAUGUUGAGACCGUCGACGAGGUCCUCCAGGAAGUCUUCCGCGGCGAGCAGGUCGCCGAGCGUUGGAAGGAAUCCUUCAAGCUCUGA